GUUCGAGUUCGAAUUCGGAAUCCUUUUGAUUGGCGUUGCGUUGAGUGUACUGUACUGGGAUAACUUUAUUUUAUAUCUUCAUCUAUUCACUUAUCUCCAAAAAUGAGCCUAGAGGAGAAGAAAGACCCAAUAUAUUUAGAUAUAUGUCAUCAAUUAGAUGCUUUCUGUAAAAGAGUUGAAGAAAAAGUGGACAAAGACCAGCAGCAGUUAAAAGCGCGGAAGAAAAAUACUGAACUCGAAGAGAAACUAGCUCAGGAAAUGAAAAAGAACGCGGAGCUGUUACGACAGUUAGAAGAGGUUUCGAACCGGUAUUCGGAGCUGGACCGACUGUGCGCGAUGUUCCCUGGGCAGGUCACCAUCUCUGACAACGACCAGACAAGGCUUGAUCAGGCCAAGUUAUCAUAUGAAGUUGCCAAAGAGCUGACAGGAGUGAGGUUUGACUACACAGCACCACCCAACAUUUGCAAAGGCUAUGUGAAAAGCGAGUCCCGGAAGCUACUACAGCCGUUCAGUAUAGAGGUUCAGCCGGACGCCAGCGCUGCCCUCUGGCGGCUGGCGGAGGCAGUCGCCGCGCCCGAGUGGCGGCUCACCGACAAAGAGAAUAUGCCACCCAAUUGACACCUUCACAACCAAGAACCUGACUAUAAAUCCUUUAGUACCGUUUCGUAACUAAAAUUGGUAACCAGCUUCGAAACGGGAAAAAAAUCCCAAUUCGUAACUGGCUUCAAAUUGGGACUUUCCCAUUACCUACUGAUUUGUAACCACGUCUGGUAACCGGCUUCGGAAAGGGAAAAAGAAUCCCGUGUUGUAACUGGUUACAAAAUGAGACUAAAUCAUUACCAAUUCGUAACCAUUGUAUGGUAACCAGCUUCCAGAUUAGGAUAGCGUCAUUAUUAGAAUAUUAUUAUGAAAUUACACUAUUUUAUAUUGACACUGACAGUAACUCUCUGACUUUGUUGGUCUUUGUACAGUCGACCAAUUAGAAUCCCAGGCCACUCUAGAACCCUGUCGUAUUGACACCGUGCUUUAUUUGCUAUAGAAGUCAGUUUGACUUUUACUGUAAAAGGGUUCUACAGUGGCCUAGGAUUCAGAUUGGUUGACUGAACGAAAAGUACUGAAUUUUGAUGAACUAGCAUGUUAAAUAUUUUUCAGAAAAUACGAUAUUAAACUAUUAUGUAUAUUGUGACGACCGGUCUGGCGCAGUCAGUAGUGACCCUGCCUGCUACGCCGCGGUCCCGGGUUCGGAUUCCGGUAAGGGCA